AUGACGUCACGAGUUUCGAGGCUGGACCGGCAGGUAAUAUUAAUAGAGACCGGUUCCACCCAAGUAGUCCGGAACAUGGCUGCCGAUCAAAUGGGAGACUUGGCCAAACAGCACCCCGAAGACAUUCUUUCGUUGCUGUCCAGAGUUUACCCCUUUUUACUAGUGAAGAAAUGGGAAACGCGUGUUACUGCAGCAAGAGCUGUGGGUGGCAUAGUUGCCCAUGCUCCUUCUUGGGAUCCGAAUGAAUCUGACUUGGUAGGUGGUACAAAUGAAGGUUCUCCAUUGGAUAAUGCUCAGGUGAAGUUGGAACAUGAAAUGAAAAUAAAAUUGGAAGAGGCUACUCAGAACAAUCAGUUGAAUCUCUUACAGGAGGACCAUCACCUCAGUUCUCUGUCUGAUUGGAAAUUGAACGAAAUUUUAAAGUCAGGUAAAGUGCUCCUGGCGUCGAGUAUGAAUGAUUACAAUGUUCUUGGUAAGGCUGACGAUAAUAUAAGAAAACAAGCUAAAACUGAUGAUAUAAAACAGGAAACAUCUAUGCUAAAUGCGUCUGAUAAGGCGAAUGAAAAUAAAAGUAAUGCUAACAAGAAGUCAGCAAGGAUGCUUGCUAUGGCAAGGCGAAAAAAGAAAAUGAGUGCUAAGAAUACUCCCAAACAUCCUGUAGAUAUAACGGAAAGUUCAGUUUCCAAGACUUUAUUAAAUGGAAAAAAUAUGACCAAUUCUGCUGCAUCGCUAGCCACUUCUCCCACCAGUAACCAGCUAAAUCCCAAACUGGAGAUUACUGAACAAGCCGAUGAAAGUAAACUAAUGAUAGAAUCCACAGUAAGGCCAUUGCUAGAACAACACGAAAUUGUUGCUGGCCUAGUUUGGCAAUUCCAAGGCAUUUAUGAACUACUUUUAGAUAAUCUAAUGAGCGAAAAUUGGGAAAUAAGGCAUGGAGCUGCGUUGGGUCUUCGAGAAUUGGUAAAAAAACAUGCUUAUGGAGUCAGCAGGGUUAAGGGGAAUACCCGAGAGGAGAACAACCUGAGGAAUUCUAGAAGCUUAGAAGACUUGGCGUCCCGUCUACUUACAGUAUUUGCAUUGGAUAGAUUUGGUGAUUAUGUUUAUGAUACAGUUGUGGCCCCUGUACGAGAGUCAGUUGCGCAAACUCUAGCUGCGUUAUUAAUUCACCUAGACAGUACCUUAUCAAUUAAAAUAUUUAAUUGUUUAGAACAACUGGUUCUACAAGAUCCACUACAAACAGGUCUACCGAACAAAAUAUGGGAAGCUACCCAUGGAGGGCUUUUAGGGAUUCGUUACUUCGUCAGCAUAAAGACAAAUUUCCUAUUUGCCCAUGGCCUUUUAGAAAACGUUGUCCGUAUAGUGCUAUAUGGUUUAAACCAAAGUGAUGAUGACGUUCAAAGCGUAGCAGCCUCAAUUUUAACCCCAAUAACCAGCGAAUUUGUCAAAUUAAACAACUCUACCAUAGAAAUUUUGGUGACCACGAUAUGGUCAUUACUAGCUCGUUUAGAUGAUGAUAUAUCUUCAAGCGUAGGUUCUAUAAUGGAUCUAUUGGCAAAGUUGUGCGACCACCAAGAAGUACUAGAUAUUUUAAAGAACAAGGCUUUAGAGCAUCCUUCAGAGUGGUCAUUCAAGUCACUGGUACCGAAAUUGUAUCCCUUUUUACGCCAUUCGAUUUCUUCUGUGAGGAGGGCUGUUUUGAAUCUACUGAUUGCAUUCUUAUCAAUAAAGGAUGAUUCUACUAAAAACUGGUUAAACGGCAAGGUAUUCCGUCUAGUUUUUCAGAAUAUUUUACUGGAGCAAAACCCGGAACUAUUGCAACUGUCUUUUGAUGUUUAUGUUGCGUUAUUGGAGCAUUAUAAAGUUAAGCAUACCGAAAAAACUUUAGAUCAUGUUUUCAGUAAACAUUUGCAGCCAAUACUACAUCUUCUAAAUACGCCAGUAGGGGAAAAGGGAAAGAAUUAUGCCAUGGAAUCACAAUAUAUUCUAAAGCCUUCCCAGCACUAUCAAUUACAUCCAGAAAAAAAACGUUCUAUAUCUGAAACCACAACAGAUUCUGACAUUCCAAUACCAAAAAAUAAUGAACAUAUCAAUAUCGAUGCACCUAUGAUUGCUGGAGAUAUUACUUUGCUAGGAUUGGACGUAAUAUUGAACACUAGAAUAAUGGGAGCAAAGGCAUUUGCUUUGACAUUGUCAAUGUUUCAAGAUUCCACGCUUCAAUCCUUCUUCACAAACGUUCUGGUUCGUUGUUUAGAGCUGCCAUUCUCAACUCCACGUAUGUUGGCAGGCAUUAUUGUUUCACAGUUUUGCUCCUCGUGGUUACAAAAGCAUCCAGAAGGGGAAAAAUUACCUUCUUUUGUAUCAGAGAUUUUCAGUCCUGUGAUGAAUAAACAGUUACUGAAUCGCGAUGAAUUUCCUGUAUUUAGGGAGCUAGUACCUAGCUUAAAAGCUCUGAGGACUCAAUGUCAAAGCCUACUGGCUACCUUUGUGGAUGUAGGUAUGUUACCUCAGUACAAACUACCCAACGUAGCAAUUGUGGUUCAAGGCGAAACAGAAGCCGGUCCACAUGCGUUUGGUGUUGAAACAGCAGAAAAAGUGUACGGCGAAUACUAUGAUAAAAUGUUCAAAUCCAUGAACAACUCUUACAAACUAUUGGCCAAGAAGCCAUUAGAAGAUUCUAAGCAUCGCGUGUUGAUGGCAAUCAAUUCAGCCAAAGAAUCCGCAAAACUUCGUACAGGCAGCAUUCUCGCUAAUUACGCAUCAUCCAUCUUGUUAUUUGAUGGUCUACCUCUUAAAUUAAACCCCAUUAUCAGGUCGCUAAUGGACAGUGUUAAAGAAGAAAGGAAUGAAAAGUUACAAACGAUGGCCGGAGAAUCGGUCGUACAUUUGAUUCAGCAACUGUUAGAAAAUAAUAAAGUUAAUGUGUCUGGUAAGAUAGUCAAAAAUCUCUGCGGAUUUUUAUGCGUUGAUACUUCAGAAGUUCCUGAUUUCUCCGUAAAUGCAGAAUAUAAAGAAAAAAUAUUGACGUUAAUAAAAGAAUCUAAUUCGAUUGCCGCACAAGAUGACAUUAAUCUCGCAAAGAUGUCGGAAGAGGCUCAACUAAAAAGGAAGGGUGGGUUGAUUACGUUAAAAAUACUAUUUGAAGUUCUUGGGCCUUCUAUAUUACAGAAACUACCUCAGCUUAGAUCGAUUUUAUUUGAUUCAUUAUCUGAUCAUGAAAAUGAGGAAGCAAGUAAAGUUGACAACGAGCAAGGUCAAAAAAUAGUCGACUCAUUUGGUGUACUAAGAGCUCUAUUCCCAUUUAUGUCUGAUUCGCUACGUUCUAGUGAGGUUUUUACCCGUUUCCCUGUUUUAUUAACGUUCUUAAGAUCAAACUUAUCUGUUUUUCGUUAUUCAGCUGCAAGAACUUUUGCUGAUCUGGCUAAAAUUUCCUCCGUGGAGGUAAUGGCUUACACCAUACGUGAGAUUUUGCCUUUAAUGAAUAGCGCUGGUUCUCUAUCCGAUCGUCAAGGGUCCACGGAGCUUAUUUAUCAUUUAUCACUUUCUAUGGAAACCGAUGUUCUACCUUACGUCAUUUUCUUAAUAGUUCCACUUUUGGGUCGCAUGAGUGAUUCGAACGAAGAUGUGAGGAAUUUAGCUACAACAACAUUUGCUUCUAUCAUCAAAUUAGUUCCUUUAGAAGCUGGUAUCGCCGAUCCAAAAGGACUCCCAGAAGAACUAGUGGCAAGCAGAGAGAGGGAGCGUGAUUUUAUCCAACAAAUGAUGGAUCCUUCUAAAGCUAAGCCAUUUAAAUUACCCAUUGCCAUCAAGGCGACUUUAAGAAAAUAUCAGCAAGAUGGUGUUAACUGGUUGGCAUUCCUGAACAAAUAUCAUCUACAUGGAAUAUUGUGUGACGAUAUGGGUUUGGGUAAAACAUUACAAACCAUCUGCAUUAUCGCAAGCGAUCAAUAUUUGAGGAAGGAAGAUUAUGAAAAAACGCGUUCUGUUGAAAGUAGAGCCUUACCAUCUCUCAUAAUAUGCCCCCCAUCUUUAACUGGCCAUUGGGAAAACGAGUUUGACCAGUAUGCUCCCUUUUUAAAGGUUGUUGUGUAUGCCGGUGGCCCAACUGUCAGAUUAACUCUGAGACCACAGUUAAGUGAUGCUGAUAUUAUUGUAACAUCAUAUGACGUAGCUAGAAAUGAUCUCGCAGUCCUAAACAAAACUGAAUAUAAUUAUUGUGUUUUGGAUGAAGGACAUAUAAUUAAAAACUCUCAAUCAAAACUUGCUAAGGCUGUUAAAGAAAUUACUGCAAACCAUAGAUUAAUUUUAACCGGAACUCCCAUCCAAAACAACGUUUUAGAAUUGUGGUCUCUGUUUGACUUCUUAAUGCCGGGAUUUUUGGGAACGGAAAAGAUGUUCCAGGAAAGGUUCGCAAAGCCAAUCGCUGCGUCAAGAAAUAGUAAAACAUCAUCUAAGGAGCAGGAAGCAGGUGUACUGGCUUUGGAGGCACUACAUAAGCAAGUUCUACCUUUCAUGCUGAGAAGAUUGAAGGAAGACGUUCUAUCUGAUUUACCACCUAAAAUUAUUCAGGAUUACUACUGUGAAUUAGGUGAUUUACAAAAACAACUAUACAUGGAUUUUACUAAAAAACAAAAAAAUGUAGUUGAGAAAGAUAUUGAAAAUUCUGAGAUUGCUGAUGGCAAGCAACAUAUUUUCCAAGCUUUACAAUACAUGAGAAAAUUGUGUAAUCAUCCAGCUUUGGUCCUUUCACCAAAUCACCCGCAAUUAGCGCAAGUACAAGACUAUUUAAAGCAAACUGGUCUAGAUUUACACGAUAUUAUCAACGCUCCAAAACUGAGCGCAUUGAGAACAUUACUCUUUGAAUGUGGUAUAGGUGAAGAAGAUAUCGACAAAAAAGCAAGCCAAGAUCAGAAUUUUCCUAUUCAAAAUGUCAUAUCACAACACAGAGCCCUGAUUUUCUGCCAACUAAAAGAUAUGCUAGACAUGGUUGAAAAUGACUUGUUUAAAAAGUAUAUGCCCUCCGUAACCUAUAUGAGGCUAGAUGGAAGCAUUGACCCAAGAGACAGACAAAAAGUUGUUCGGAAAUUUAACGAAGAUCCCUCUAUUGAUUGCCUACUGUUGACCACCAAGGUCGGAGGGCUGGGUCUGAAUUUAACUGGUGCAGACACCGUCAUUUUUGUAGAGCAUGACUGGAAUCCAAUGAAUGAUCUACAGGCAAUGGACAGAGCACAUAGAAUUGGUCAGAAAAAGGUUGUUAAUGUUUACAGAAUUAUUACGAAAGGUACGCUUGAAGAAAAAAUCAUGGGUUUGCAGAAAUUCAAAAUGAAUAUAGCUUCUACAGUUGUUAAUCAGCAAAACAGUGGAUUAGCAUCCAUGGAUACACAUCAGCUGCUUGAUCUCUUCGACCCCGAUAACGUUACCUCACAGGACAAUGAGGAAAAGAAUAAUGGCGAUUCCCAAGCAGCCAAGGGCAUGGAAGAUAUUGCCAACGAGACUGGUUUAACUGGCAAAGCCAAAGAGGCCCUCGGUGAAUUGAAAGAGCUAUGGGACCCAUCUCAAUACGAGGAGGAGUAUAAUUUAGACACCUUCAUCAAAACUUUACGAUAA